AUGUCAAUAUCCAUCUCAACAACUUCUGAAGAAACUCUUUUGCCAUUUCGUCGUUCUUGCGAUCGUUGUCAUGAUCAGAAAGUUCGAUGUAUACGAAGCCAGGGAGAAAGCCAUCCGACAAUAGCUUCGGAACAAUGUGUGCGAUGCAAGAAAUCAGGCGCAAUAUGCGUUUAUAGUCCACAACAAAAGCCCGGGAGACCGCCACUCUGUAGCGAAAUGCGUGACACGGUUCCUUCAACUGUGAACCACAGGAAGAGACCUCCGCAAUCUCCCGAACCGGCAUACUUGUCUCGCCUUUCACCAGCUUCAUGCCCGCCCUCGGCAAACUCGCUACACAAUCCAGCUUCAGCAGACAAUUCGCUACCUGUCAACCCCGCUCUGUUUUCACCAUUCACAAUGGCUGAUGCAUUGGUUGAUACCAGCAGCAACGCAUAUGAAGCUGAUUUUUUGAUUGGCGUCUCAGGUAUGCCGCCAAUCGAAUCUUUAUCUCCAACGUCAAGACAGAAAUGCUUUUUCCCAGAGGGGCCAACUUUAGAGUCUUUUGUAGAUCAGACUGAGAGGGAUACUGAAGAGUUGGGCAAUUUAAGUCUCCGAGUCUGCCGUCUGAACAAAGCACUCUCUUCUUCGUAUCCUUCAUCCCUCUCUAUAUCCUCCCCAUGUUUAAAUGACAUCUUCAUCUCCAGCGAGAUUCUCGUGGGCAUCAUCCAUCGAAAUGUCGGCGGCAAAUACGGCAACAAAGCCGAUAGUUUUGUACCCGACACUGGCCCGCAUGGAUUUGAUCUCUCCGCAAGCUGGGAGGAUGUCGAUUGGCUUCAGCAGCGGAUAUCGGAAAGGCCAGUGGUAUCGCCCCCAGCAGACCGCAGAAUGCCGGAUACUGGCAUCGUGUUGAUGAUUCUUGCUUGCCAUCAGCGCCUACUUACAACAUUGGGGGGGAUCUUGUUUUAUAUAUCGCGGCAUCUGCGACAGCAGCAGCCUUCAAAACGCCCUCUUGGGACGUCACAGUUUCUAGAAAUGCCAACAACACAGGCCAUCAUUAAUGUCAAACUCGUGAGCCAUCAACUUCAACGAUUGGACCAUGCUGUUGGCUUACUAGGGGAUAAUGGAGCUUCGAAGAAUCCUAUCAGAAGCAAUACCGCAAGAGUAGUAGCAAGUUCUAACGAUUCACUACCUUCUUCAAGAUCAUCGGGGUCUCCUUUGUCUACUCAUGGUACAGCUGGCCGUGGCUCAUUGAACAAAUCGAAGGAUGUUUUUGAUGAUGAGGACAGUGAACACGAAUCGGAUAUAAGCAGUAGCAGCGCAUCGAGCGGUUCUCAUAAGGCUAUCAGCUCAGCGUUGACCAUGAUGAAACGUCGUCAUGAACAUUUGCAACGUCAAAUAACAACUGUGAAGCAGCUCAUUAGACAAUUUGAUUCAAUUUGA